AUGAACUUCUUCAAAGUGGUCAAUAAUGUACCCAUAGCACGUACCUGUGUAUCGCUCCUUAUACCGAAGAUCCCACUAAGACCAUUCUCCUCAACACAGCCUGCUUGGGCCACGAAAAAGUAUGAUAAAUUCUACAAAAUUUUAAAAUACACCAAACCAAUUGAUGAAACACAUUAUGAAAUAGGCCAAGAACAUCCAAGGGGAUUAAGAAUCCCCAAAGAAAUUCCUCAAUUUCCUAAAUACAAGUAUGAAGCCCGCUUUUUCAAAAGACAAAAUAGGGGCUUAUAUGGUGGUUUACAACGUAAACGAUCCAAAACAUGUUCAGAAUAUUUCAACAAGAACCUUAGAGCACAUAGACCAAACAUUCGUCGAGCUAAAUUAUGGUCUGAGAUUUUAAACAAAAAGAUCAGCACUAAAGUUUCGACUAGAGUGUUGAGAACCUUGACUAAAGAAGGUGGCAUUGAUCAAUAUUUACUCAAAUCAACACCAGGCAGAAUCAAGACUAUGGGAUUAGCUGGUUGGAAAUUGAGAUAUGAAUUAUUAAAUGAACUAGAGCAAAAUGAAAGAGGUCAUUUACAAGCAUCAACAGGAGAUUUGAAACCAGUGACGCAUAUUCAUCUGGAUGGAAGGAAAUUUGUUGCUACUAAAGAAGAAUUGUUGUCUGCUUUGUAUGAUUUGGUUCAAAGAGAUAGUUACUAUCCAAUCAAACCAGCUGAGUUCGACAAGAAGUAUUCGUGGUUGCCAAUGAAGGAGAUUGUAAAUAGAUUGGAUGCUUACGAAUACGACUUUAGUGGUCAAGUUGUGUAA